ACCGUCCUGCUUCGUCACUUCCGUCGUUACGCACUUUCCGGUGUAGCUGAUUCCACCCAUGCUCCAGAAACGGUGAAUUAUUACAACACGAAAGGGACAAACAAGAGCCAGAAAACCCACCGCGAAAAUGUUCAAACUGGAGGGACUCGGCCCUAAAAUGGACCCGGAGGAGAUGAAGAAGAAGAUGAGACAAGAUGUCAUCUCAUCUUUACGAAACUUCCUUAUUUACGUCGCCCUCCUCAGAGCCACUCCGUAUGUGUUAAAGAAGCUGGACAGCAUAUGAACAGAGCUGGUCUCUUCUCCCGUCAUCCACUGAGAGUUUACCACAUCAGAGACACCGAGGACCAUCGUCAGCAGGCGGCUGGGGCCUUCACAGCAAACCCUGUUGAGGACGGCCGUUGUCUGUCCACCACUGCACCUGAGGAAACCCCUCGUUCUCAUUUAUAGUCUGCCUUUUUCUUUGUUAAACAUGUUGUGAUAAUUGUUGAAUGCAAAGUUUGAUAGUGUGUACACUGUAUGCCUGCCAUGUGCACACAAUAAAGGGGAAAACCGUGUUUGUUUGUUUGUUUGUUUAUUACAUAGUAGGUGUGCUCAGUCCUGCACACAUGUUGAAAUGGAAGCUGUUAAACUGCAUUGGAGGUUUUACAGUAACACACCAAACAUGUUCACUGCAAGGUUUGUGAGCAUGUUCAUCGAUGAGUUUUAAUGUAAUCAUGAAAAUAAAACGAGAACAAAGAAAGGAA